AUGUCUGACAUUUCACAAUCCACGAUCGCCAACCUGGAGAAGGCUGGGUUAGGGGGUAUCUUGUACAAGCCCGAGCAAAAGUCUUACGAAGAACGAGUUGCCUCGUACUGGUCUCUCACCGCACAGCUGAAGCCAUGGGCUAUCAUUCAGCCUCGAACUACAAAAGAAGUUUCCAAGGCCUUGCAGACCCUGGUUAACACCACAGACUGUAAUUUCGCUAUUCGAAGUGGCGGCCAUAUGGCAUGGGCUGGCUCUAACAACAUUGAAGCCGGUAUUACUAUUGAUCUCGGUCUUCUGACAACGACGACCUAUAACCCAGAGACUAAGAUCGCAUCUAUUCAACCGGGCAGCAGAUGGGUAGAUGUGUAUACGGAGCUCGAAAAGCAUGGAGCUAUGGUUGCCGGUGGUAGAGAAGGCCUAGUUGGCGUUGGAGGUCUUCUAACUGGUGGCGGCAAGACUUUUUAUACCUGUCGCUAUGGGUUCGCGUGCGAUCAAGUAAUUAACUACGAAGUCGUCUUGGCUGACGGUAGUGUUGUGGAGGCCAACAGGGAAACAAACCCAGACCUCUUUUUAGUAUUGAAAGGCGGCUCUAAUAAUUUUUGGCAUACGUUCGUUGACUUCACGAAGAAUCUUGCGUUGAACCCAGAUGACCAUAUCCUAGCAAUGUGGACAAUUCUACCUCAGACAAAAGACCAUUUCAUCACUAUGGUAUUGACUAAUCUCGAUGGCGUCGAGAAUAGUAAAUCCUUGCAGGGGUUCUUGACUAUCCCAGGUGGUCAGGGAAACAUGACAACGAGUACAGUAGCCAAAAAGCUAGUCGACUUCCUUGUACCUUCAGGCAAACACGAUACAUGGUUUACACUUACCUUCAAGCUUGACGCUAGGAUCAUCAAGAAGGCGGCCGAAGUAUUUGAAAGUUUGGCCGAGGAAUUAAAGAGGCAGAUUCCUGAUGGGAACUUUUACAUCUCGAUGGUAUUACAACCGCUGCCAAGGUCAUUUGCACGCCACUCUGUGGCCCGGGGAGGCAACAUGUUUGGGAUUGAGCGUUUGCAGGAUGACUGCGUCCUUUUGGUAGCAGCUGUCGAGGUUGAGACCCCUGAAAUAUCAUCUCAGGUCGGAUUUCCUACCCUAAAAGCAGCCAUCGCCGAGAUCGAAUCGUAUGCUAGAUCGCUUAACGGUGAUAUUGGGUUUUUGUACCUAAAUUAUUGCGACGGGUCGCAAAACCCUUUCAGCACCUACGGAGAGGAAAAUAUCAAGAAGAUGAAGGAGGCCUCAGCGAAGUACGACCCUACGGGGAUUUUCCAGGCCAGAGUUCCAGGGGGGUUCAAGAUCUCAAAGGUAGAAUAA